CGAUUGGUCUAUCCGAGUGAUUAGCGAUGGGUGAGAGGUUACAAGAUAGCUUAGCCGAGCAGCUGUGUUUUCUGAUGAAACUCUCGCUAUAGAUAUUCCUGUCAUAAUAGUCGAUUCCACCGCAUCAAAUGUACAUAUAUUUGGCGACACAACCUGCAAGAUAUUAGUAACAAAUCGUUUGCAAAGGCUGUUGAUGGCGAGCAACACCGGACACCUUUUUGUUUAGCUAGCCAGGUAGCUAGCUAGUUAGCAUGCUAAAUAUCCCUAUGCUGUAGCUUAAAUUGUCAGCUGAUGUAUGCUAGCUCGAUGAGCCAUUCAGUUAUUGGAAUCUGAUUCUGAAGCUACAUUUUGUGUAUGUGUGUCCAUAAAUAUUCAUUUUCAUGGACCUUGGUUAGGUAGCCAGCCGGUGAAUGCGUGUCACUCUUUUUAACUCAAACUGGGACUACACACUGGAACUGAAUGUUUUGUGAUAGAAAUACCAUCAGUUAACUAGCCGCUGUUAGUCACCUGGCUGAAAUGGAUUUUAAAGGUUCGAGUACGACAAGACUGCUUUGGCUUCUGAUUAUUUUCUCCAUAGUCGUCUCAAAAGUAGUGACAGCUGAUGAAGAGGCCGAAGGCAAUGACACUCCAGAGCUGAAGUCCUACCAUGACCCAAACUCUGAUGAAGAUGACGUUCCCGUGGGGUCAAGAAUUGUAGCAGGUAUGGUGACGUCCCCCAGCAAGGCCUCUCAGCCUGAAGUAGAGGCAAAGCCCGAUAGUGGGGCUGAAGAUGGCCUUCUAGAGGGGGAGGAGAAGGAAGACCUGCCCACCCAGCCUCCUCCUAUUGAACAGAAGCCUAAAGAAAUUCCAGUUGUGGUUGGGGGCACAGCCAAUGGAGAGCCCUGCCUCUUCCCCUUCCUCUUCCAGGGUAACGACUACAUGGACUGUACCACAGAGGGCCGGGAGGACGGUCGACUGUGGUGCGCCACCGCGUACGAUUAUGACAGGGACAAGAGAUGGGGCUUCUGUGAAACUGAGGAGCAGGCAGAGCUGAGGCGCCAGGCGGAGGAAGCGGAAGAACAGUACCAGGCAGCCCUGCGCAUGAUCAACUCCACCACCAGGAAGAGCCAGAAGAAAGAAUUGUAUGAGAAGCUUCUGAAGGUGGCUGCGAAGGGCCACCACAAAGCCAUGGAGAAGGUGGCCCACGCCAUGCUGUUUGGAGACUACCUGCCCCAGGACAUCCCCCAAGCCAAGGAGCUGUUUGAGAAGCUGGCGCUGGAGGGCUUCCCAAAGUCUCAGACGGCACUUGGCUUCCUGUAUGCUGCGGGGUUAGGAGUGAACUCAAGCCAAGCCAAGGCGUUGGUUUACUAUACUUUUGGGGCCUUGGGUGGCAACCUGGUAGCCCACAUGAUUCUGGGGUACCGAUACUGGGGAGGCGUGGGUGUGCCACAGAGCUGCGAAUCAGCGUUGACACAUUACCGCCUGGUGGCCAAUAACGUGGCCAGCGACGUGUCCCUGACGGGGGGCAGCGCGGUCCAGAGGGUGCGGCUGCUGGACGAGGUGGAGAACCCCGGCUCCACCAGCGGCAUGCUGGAGGAGGACCUCAUCCAGUACUACCAGUUCCUGGCGGAGAAGGGCGACGUCCAGGCCCAGGUGGGACUGGGCCAGCUCCACCUGCACGGUGGCCGCGGGGUGGAGCAGAAUCACCAGCGGGCCUACGACUACUUCAACCAGGCGGCGAACGCGGGGAACACUCACGCCAUGGCCUUCCUGGGGAAGAUGUACUCCGAGGGCAGUGAGUUUGUGCCCCAGAACAAUGAAACGGCGCUGCAGUACUUCAAGAAGGCCUCGGAUCUGGGGAAUCCUGUUGGGCAGAGUGGGCUGGGCAUGGCGUAUCUUUACGGGAGAGGUGUCCCUGUGAACUACGACCUAGCUCUGAAGUACUUCCAGAAGGCAGCGGAGCAGGGCUGGGUGGACGGCCAGCUUCAGCUGGGCACCAUGUACUACAACGGCAUCGGGGUGAAGCGCGACUACAAACAGGCCCUCAAGUUCUUCAACCUGGCGUCGCAGGCGGGACACAUCCUGGCCAUCUACAACCUGGCCCAGAUGCACGCCACGGGCACCGGAGUCCUGCGCUCCUGCCACACCGCCGUGGAGUUCUUCAAAAGCGUGUGCGAGCGCGGCCGCUGGUCGGAGAGGCUCAUGGCGGCCUACAGCAGCUUCAAGGACGGCGACAUGGACGCGGCGCUCGUGCAGUACCUGCUGCUGGCCGAGCAGGGCUUCGAGGUCGCCCAGAGCAACGUGGCCUUCAUCCUGGACCAGACAGAAGAGGCGCGCAUCUUCAGCGAGAACGAGACUUACCCUCGAGCCCUCCUCCAAUGGACCAGGGCUGCAGCGCAGGGCUACACCGUGGCUAGGAUCAAGCUGGGGGACUACCACUUCUAUGGCUACGGGACGGAUGUGGACUACGAGACGGCCGUCAUCCACUACAGGCUGGCCUCGGAGCAGCAGCAUGGGGCGCAGGCCUUGUUCAACCUGGGCUACAUGCACGAGAAAGGCCUGGGGAUCAAACAGGACAUCCAUCUAGCCAAGCGUUUCUACGACAUGGCUGCCGAGGCCAGCCCCGAUGCCCAGGUGCCUGUCUUCCUGGCCCUGUGCAAGCUGGCUCUGGUCUAUACCCUGCAGUACAUACAGGACCUCAACGUAAACGAGCUCAUCACCCAGGUGGAUCUGGACCAGCUUCUGGGCCCAGAAUGGGACCUCUACCUCAUGACUGUCAUCGCCCUGCUGCUGGGCACAGUCAUCGCGUACCGCCAAAGGCAGCACCAGGCUGUGCUGCCCCCCAGGCCCCCCCCUACCCCAGCCCCGGCUCCCCACGCCAGGCCAACCGAAGAGCAGGUGCAGCCUCAACCCGAAACCCCGGCUCAGCCUGAGCCCCAAGACCAGGAACAGGCCGCGGCAGACGCCGAGCCAGAACAGCAACAGUGAGAGCCGGAUUGGAGAACAAAAGGGAGAGAGAGAAGGAGAGGAGGGCAUUGGGUACUGAAAGACAAUGAUGUGCCCAAGACCAUAAUCUCCUAAACGGAAAAAAAAACAGGGAAGCUACCAGCUAAAUAGCUACGAGGCUAACUAGCUGGUACGUCGAGCAUAACUGCUUACCCACUCUCUCCUGUCCUGCAUGCAGAAAAGACAAUUUACUCUACUCCCUCCCUCCCAAUUUUCUGACCUAUGCGUGAAGGAAAAGGAUAAGGGGAGGUCGGCUGAAAGUUAUAGAGAAUUGAUGUUCAAUAGAGGACAAUGCAGACUGGGGACUUCUUAGUUUGUGACUCAGGGUACCGUCAGAGGAAUUUCUCUCAUCUAAGGAAUUUGCCACGGGGUUGCCACAUUUGAAGAUGAUUUUGAAAAUUAAUUGUUUUACCUGCAAUUGAAACAAAUGCUAUGGGAUCUAGUAGUUGGUCUGUGUUCAGAUCCAUUUGUUUUGUAUUUUUUGCUAUUUUGUUUUUGGCACAUGUUUAGGCUGUCUUGUUAGCUAUGCUUCCAAUUUUUAUUUACAGUAAAGAAUAACUAAGACCAAUAAUAUUUUGCGUCAAGAAACAGAAACGACAGUCCAGAUAUGAAGACAGUUUGUUGGCGUUGACUAAAAUGAGCAUCUUUAUGCUAUAUGGCAAUGGAAAAGUUAUGAUAUUGAAUUAAUUCUGGUCAUAAACAUAAUUCCUUAUCAAGCCAAGCUGAUUAUUUUGCUUGUUUUCAUCUGAUUGUUUUUUUUCAAGCUAAUUUUAUAUUAGCUGCUUUCUUAAUGUUUUCCUUCAAUGUUUUCCUGAAACACAAACAUUAGUUGAUGACUAUGCUGUGUUUAUAACCUGCUAACAGGUUGCUUAUCAGUCUCAAAUAUUAAUAGUAAUAAUCUCAAACAUUGUUGGUAUAACAAUACUUUUUUGAACAGUGCAACUUGUUUGUAGGGAGCAAAUACAGGUCCCUUCAAGGACCCCAUAGUCUGCUACUCUUGACACACCUUAAGCGGUGCAUACCCGAGUUGAUACCGGCCACACCUGGAAUUGGAAAUUGAUUUACUAACUGAGCAGUGAGCUAAACGUAGCUGUUGGGAUAACUGUAGUCCUCUGAUUGGAGUUGUCAAUAAUUUGUUCAUUCACAGCCAAAAUAGUGCAAAAUAAAUGUUUGUUCAACAAAUCCUUUGAGUCUCAACACUGUGUACCUCUGUUUGGUAUCCCAGUGGAUCCUGUGAAACAAAGUAAAUAAAUGAAAUAGGAGGUCCAAGAGUUAACGACAGUAGGAAGGGUUGAGUCAGUUAGGAUGUAUGUACCACCAAGAGUUUGGCCCUGGAUCAAUCUAGAUCUUCGAUGACAAUUUUAAUUCUUGUCUCAGAAAUAAUUAGAGCAUGGACAGGAAUCCAUUGUGUUGUCAUAUAAAGCACAGACGCAAGCCUCGCCUUAAUGAGAGGCCGUCAUGGUUUUGACUUCAUGUUCUGUUUUGGUUACAUUUUAAUCGUGUCCAGAACUUGCGUUCAUUCACUGCUUGUCAGAAGUUGGAUAUCUUAAACAUUUGUCAGUAGUUCAGAUGUCUAUGUAUUUGGUGGAAGGUGGGAAAUUAAAUCAAUUUGAAAUUGAAACAGAAAUGGACUUUCAUCAAAGAGAACAAAAAUUUAUGAAUUUGAAAGCUAUAGCUGAUCCCAUAGCUCUGACCAUCUUUCCUUUAGAGAUACUUUGGAGGGCAUUCUUGACUUUCAUAUUGUACAGAGGAAGAAGAAAUCGUUUAUAGCAAUAUACCCAUGGGAAGUCAACAUGUAAAGAAACAUACAAUCUUUUCAAUAGUAUGUGUAACUGUUUUUUUUGUUUUACGUGUCUAAGAAAACCUGCCCAUUCAAUAUAAGAAUGAUGUCCUCAGUUGAAUGAAGGGUAUUGAAUGGAUAUUAAAACUAGGAUUUAACUCCAUACUCUUUUUCUGUCUUUGAUGAAACACUGGUCAAAGUUGUCUGAAAUACUGCAUUUUUACCAUUGCGAUGUCAAUAGUUUAUUAAAGAAAUUAAUAAAGUGGUGUAUGGGCAAUUCUUUUAUACAUUCA